GUAGGCAAGUUCUAAGCCGGGUGCUUCAUCUUGCCAGGAAGGAGGCGAAGGAGUCCGCCUUUUCAGCUUUAUUUCUUCAAUUUUUUUGCAGCGUUCCCCGUCAGGCGUACCGGGGAGCUCGAUGAGAGGGCUGCGUAACUGUCAACAGGAUGUCCAGACAUGAGGGUGUAAGUUGUGAUGCAUGUUUAAAAGAGGGCUUCAGAGGAAGACGCUUCAAGUGCUUAAUUUGCUACGACUACGACCUCUGUGCAUCGUGCUAUGAGAGCGGAGCCACAACAAGGAACCACGAAACGGAGCACCCCAUGCAGUGUAUAUUAACCAAAAUAGACUAUGAAAUGUAUUAUGGAGGAGACCCUAACUUCAUAGAGAAACCCCAGUCCUUCACCUGUCCUCAUUGUGGCAAAAUGGGCUACACAGAGAUCUCCCUAGAAGAGCAUGUCACCUCAGAGCAUGCAGAGUCGUCCACAGAGGUGAUCUGUCCAAUAUGUGCUGCCACGCCAGGAGGCGACCCCAACCAUGCGACAGAUGAAUUUGCAGGUCACCUCAGAUUUGAACAUAGAGCGCUUAGAGAUAUAGAAGAGUCCAGCAGUGUCCGCCAUGCGCGUAGGAUUAUUCACCCUGGAAGAGCAGUUGGUAGUUCCAGGACACGUAGGACAACUAUCCAGUUUGUUAGUGGACCCACAGGUGGACCUUCCUCUGCCUCACUGAUUCCCACCUUUUCCCAAAGUAACAGGGAAACUAUGGAUCCAAUUGCAGAGUUGUUGUCCCAGCUGGCAGUUGCGCAUACCGGGUCAGAAGGGCCGGUCUCAUCAGGGUCAUCCCAACUGGAGCAGCUUCAGAUGCAACUGCAUUUAGAACGUCAGCAGGCACAAGCAGCACGGCAGCGACUAGAGGUGGCCCGUCGCACAGUACGACGUAUCCCAGGCAACACCUGGACAACUCUUCGCCUGCCCAGUACUGCAACAACCAACACAGCUACUGUGGCUGAAACCAACACCAAUACCACCACCAGCACCACCACCACCUCCUCUCCCCAUAGCUCCACCAUCAACUCCUCCACCCAUAGCUCCAAGUUCCUAUUAGCAAGUUUGAAUGAGACCAAGAUGUCCGAGGCAGAGAGUCAGUUGCUGGAGGAGGAGCAUGCUGAUCGCAGCCUGUUUGCGCAGGAGCUUCUGCUUUCCACAUUAAUGCGUGAAGACGGCACCCCUUCAGAAGAGGAGGUGUACCGAGACUUUGCAUGCUUCGAGGCUAUGGGCUACGCGGAUAUCAUGCCUUUAGAUGUGGCAUUAGAGAACCUUCAGCUGAGGGAGUGCUGCGCUACGGGAAAGGAUCGUCCUCUGCCGCCUCUUUGAUUUCCAAGCAUCAAGAAGACCGUGUCCUUUCUGUUGCAACCGCCAGUGACGGCCAACAAAAAGCAUUCUGUUGUGUAUGCUUUGGUGUAUUUUUUUUCCACUUUAUAACCUUUUUUUUUCCACUUUUUGGGUGAUUUAAAUUUUGGGUCUGUCACCUUGUUACAUUAAACAAAGUCUUG